AGAGGCUGGAAGGGCGAGAGCGGAGCUCGAAACCCUGCAGCCAGGAGGAAAAAGAUGAAAGAUCCCAGGUCAGAACCUCAGGCCGAGCGGACCACAAACCGCCCCUGGGGCGUCGGAAGCACCCUCAGUGUCAGCCGCCAGCCCCGAUAGCCGCCCGUGCUGCCCAGGGCUGAGGAGGACCGCGGCCCGAAUCCGGGACUGAGGCUCCGUGCCACCUGCGCGCGCGGCCCCACACCUGCGCGCUGUCCGCCGGGGGACCGGACCUGCGGGCUCCUCAAAGUUUGGUCCCGUCUUUGAAGGUACGGAAGAAAAAAAGAAGAAAGAAAGAAAGAAUCCAAGAUCAGGUUGAAUUGACCCAUCCCGCUACCCUUCUGGCUCUCCCAAGUGUUCGAAAGCUUGCCAUUCUGACCCCAGUUCCGGAAAAUUGGCAGCCACAGAGACCCGGUUCUGAGAAGACAAAGGCUUGGCAAGCUCCACACUGAGCGGGCGAGACCGAGGGCAGGUUGGAGGCGUGUGGUGGACGUCUGAGUCUUGACCCUGGGGUCCUCCGCGGCCCCCAUCGCCGCGGCUCCCACAGACCCAGCCUCGAACUCCAAGGCUGCGUACCGAGGGUCACCACCAUGUCCACUCCUGGGGUCAAUGCGUCCGCCUCCUCUACCCCUGACCGUCCGAACAGCCCGGUGACCAUCCCGGCGGUGAUGUUCAUCUUCGGGGUAGUGGGCAACCUGGUGGCCAUCGUGGUGCUGUGCAAGUCGCGCAAAGAGCAGAAGGAGACGACCUUCUAUACGUUGGUGUGCGGGCUGGCCGUCACCGACCUGCUGGGCACGUUGCUGGUGAGCCCGGUGACCAUCGCCACGUACAUGAAGGGCCAGUGGCCCGGAGGCGAAGCACUCUGCGAGUACAGCACCUUCAUCCUGCUCUUCUUCAGCCUGUCCGGCCUCAGCAUCAUCUGUGCCAUGAGUAUCGAGCGCUACCUGGCCAUCAACCACGCCUACUUCUACAGCCACUACGUGGACAAGCGGCUGGCCGGCCUCACGCUCGUCGCGGUCUAUGCAUCCAACGUGCUCUUCUGCGCGCUGCCCAACAUGGGCCUGGGCAGCUCGCGGCUGCAGUACCCGGACACCUGGUGCUUCAUUGACUGGACCACCAACGUGACGGCGCACGCCGCCUUCUCCUACAUGUACGCGGGCUUCAGCUCCUUCCUCAUUCUCGCCACCGUGCUCUGCAAUGUGCUGGUGUGCGGUGCGCUGCUCCGCAUGCACCGCCAGUUCAUGCGCCGCACCUCGCUGGGCACCGAGCAGCACCACGCGGCGGGCCCAGUCGCGGUGCCCUGGGCCCCCUGCCGGAGCAACCCGACCGCCGCCUCCCCCGUUCUGCCGCGCCUCAGCGACUUUCGCCGCCGCCGGAGUUUCCGCGGAAUAGCGGGCGCCGAGAUCCAGAUGGUCAUCUUACUCAUCGCCACCUCCUUGGUGGUGCUUAUCUGCUCCAUCCCGCUCGUGGUACGGGUGUUCAUCAACCAGUUAUAUCAGCCACGUUUGGUGCAAGAAAUCAGCAAAAACCCAGACUUGCAGGCCAUCCGAAUUGCUGCUGUGAACCCCAUCCUGGACCCCUGGAUCUAUAUCCUUCUGCGGAAGACAGUGCUCAGCAAAGCAAUAGAGAAGAUCAAGUGCCUCUUCUGCCGCAUUGGCGGGUCCCGCAGAGACCGUUCGGGACAGCACUGCUCAGACAGCAGAAGGACAUCUUCCGCCAUGUCUGGCCACUCCCGCUCCUUCCUCUCCCGAGAGCUGAAGGAGAUCAGCAGCACAUCUCAGACCCUCCUGUACAUGCCGGACCUCAGUGAAAAUGGUCUUGGCGGCAGGAAUCUGCUUCCCGGUGUACCUGGCACGGGCCCGGCCCAGGCAGACACCACCUCCCUGAGGACUUUGCGAAUAUCAGAGACCUCGGACUCCUCCCAGGGGCAGGAUUCAGAGAGUGUGUUACUGGUGGACGAGGUUAGUGGGAGCAGCAGGUCUGGGCCUGCCCCCAAGGGGAACUCUCUGCAAGUCACAUUUCCCAAUGAAACACUGAACUUAUCAGAAAAAUGUAUAUAGUAGCUAAGGAAAGAAAUACAGCACUAUUUCUGCUAUUUCUGGAAGCAUAUAAAAUCCUGUGCAAUAGACACAUAAAUGAAGUGUUUCGCUGUGCGCAGAAGGGCUGUUUGUCCUUCAACUCACAUUAGAGAACAUCUGGGCUCUUUAGCACUUUCCAGUCAAGUUGAUUCAUAGGGGACCCAGGGUCUGAAGCACAUUGGUUUUCACUUCACUAUGACACAGGAUUUCUGUCACCACUUGAUGGCUGGGAAGAUCUACCCUCAGUUUUUCUACUUGAUAGGAGGAUGGCAUAAGUUUUGCUAUUUUCAUAACAUCCAGAGCUUUAUAUCUGGCAUACAGCAGAAGGCCAGGUAUGGAAGGGCUCUAUUCCAAUAAACUAUGAGGACUAUCUUGUGAUUUAAGUGUCUCACUAAAGCAUGAAAUGUGAAUUUUACUGUUGUAAAUAUGACUUAAGGUAUUUAAAGUAUUUUCUUCUCUGUGAGAAGGUUUAUUGUUAAUACAAGGUAUAAUAAAAUUAUGGUAACCCCCUUCUUCCCAGUAUAACCAGCUGAAGUUGCAGAUGUUAGAUUUUUUUCAUAAACAAGUUCAGGCCAAGGUGUGGAAAAUACACAGUGAGACUCAUAGCUAUAAAAAAAAGAUAUAAAUUUUUAAAAGAAAGAGUUUAAUAUUAUAAAAGGAAUAAAGCAAAAUACUAUUUUAAGACAUGAACAUUAUAGUCCAAAAUAUUAAAGUUCUUUCCAAGUUAUGUGUGAUACAUAGUGAAAAAUUUUUAGUGAUGCUACAUGUAUUUAUCCAGAAAACUGUGAUUUCGGAAGAAGCUAACCUGCUGGUUAAAAUAUUUUUUCUACUUUUGACCCCACUGAUACUUUUAAAAAUAUAACGAAUUUUAAAAAGUCUGAAUAAAUAACCCAUAAUUGAAGUGUAUAAUAUAAAAGAAGUCUAAGCAACUUGUUUUCCCUCUUAAAGUGUUCAUAGUUUUACUUUCCUAAGGAAUGAUCUAGAGUAUCCUUUAAAAUUUAAGAGGAAGGCAGGUUGCACCAUGAAGGCCUUUAUUUUGAGAUGUGGAAGUUAUCACAGAUGCCGUAAGAGUUUAACAACAUAAAGAGUGCAGGACUUGGACACAUGAGGGUAACCUUCUUGCGGCUUCGUGUAAUACCCAGUGACGCUGUACACAUUUGAAGGACCUUUCUCAAGGAAGUACUAAGCAUGUUUUGUUGCUUAAAAUGUUUUUGUGAAUUGCUUGGUUGUAAUUAAAUUCUGAGCCUGGUAGUGAUACGGUUUUAAGAAGCAGUUGUACCAACUGAAAUUAUUUUGGAGAUUACAAUAAAUAAAUACACUCAGUCUGAGUUCCGUA